AUGGCGGUGGAGUCGUUGGCGACGCUGUGCGUGUUGUCGCUGAUCGACCAUCGCGACCUGCUGGGCGACCUCGGCGACAUGGACCUGUCGUUGCUGCGACCCGUGUUCGAACACUGCACGGCGGAUCAACUGGACCGGAUUGAGAACGAAAAUAAGGAUCGUGACUUCACCCCUUUCACAGACGACCUCUGGGAGCGGUGCUACGAACGCAGGUACGGCAUUGAUGGCGUGGAGCAGGUUCAGGACAGAAUGAAGCAAGCAAAAGUACUCUACACGUGGCGCCAGCUGUACCAUGCUCGGCAGCAGGCAGAUGAUCGCACGCAGCAGAAGUGUGUUUCGCGGUUGAAAGAGCUUUAUCACCGGGCAGAGGAAGUGAAAAAGCAGCGGCGGCUGCAGGUGCUCGAGAAGCCACGCCUCUCAGUCACACGCAGGAGAAUGUUCUCCUCAGGGCCCUCCUCUCAAGCAGCAGCCUGGGCGAACAAGGCAGGCAGCUCUAUGCUCAAGAAGGCUCGCCUGGGAUAUGCCAACAGUGUGCAGGCACGGCUAGUGUCAGAUAUCAAGAAGAAACCUCUCAACUACUCCCCGCCCCGCUCAUACACACACAGACCCUCCUCGCUCUCCUCGCUCUCCUCCUCCCCAGCUGCACGGGCAACCAGCAGAGCCGCUGUUACCACCAGCCCUGCGGUUACAAGGCAGCUUAGUUCCACACGCGCAUUUUCCAGGCAGCCGUCAGCCAAUCACAGCCCUCAUGCCCGCCUUUCUGCCCGGGAGUCACCUUCUGGCCGAGGCUUUUCCGAACCAGCAAGAGCCAUGGGGAUGGAGGCUCGGGGGCAGGUUCGGGAGCAGGCCAGGGGUUCGUCCGGAGCAGGCAUCCUGAAUAUUGUUGACCAUAGACAGGGUUUUGUGGGUGCAGAGGAGGCUUGGGAGGGCGGUAAGAGGAGAUGCAGAGCUGCAGAGGGAAGCAGAGAGAGACGAAUGAACAGUGGCAUAGACAGGGACAGAGACAGAGAUUGGGAGUGGGAGAGUGGAGGAGGAGAAAGUGGAGAGGAAGAGAGAGAUAUGGAAGACCAUGAGGAGGAGGAGAACCACGGGAAGAGGAGGAGAGAGACUGGCAGGGGAAGAGGGAGAGGGAACGGCAGGGAUGCAGAGCAGGAUGGGGAGUGGAAUAGGAACAGAAGUAAAGGCUAUGGCAGGGGUGUAGGUGGAGGCAACGACAGGAGGCAGGCUGAUGGAGUGGGUGGGAAGAGCCAGCAUGGGCAGACUGGCAGCAAGGAGCGUGUUGCUGAAAGAGGAGCAGGGAGUUUCAAGGGGAAGCGGAAGGUGGAGAGCAGCAUGGACUGGGGCGUGUAG